CUUGAAUUGUUUGGCUUUUUUCUAGAUGGGUCAUCAGCAUCCUGCUCAACAGAUCGUCCCUUGGUGGAUCCAUCAUAUUCAAGCAAUAUCACCUCUUGUACGCAAAAUAUCGUUAAAAGGAAAAGUUUACGACGUUUCUUCAGUAACGGUCAACAACAACAAAGUUCAUUGAGCGGUAUUCAUUCGCGUCCUCAGUCUGUAUCAUUAGCAACACGAAAAGGUAGUGGACAACAACUCCGGCAUAGUGCAGCUGAUCCACUUCAUUCAGGCUUAACCGAGCAGCAACAAGAUCAUUUAUUACCAAAGGAUUUAAUAGAAUCAGAUUUAACGGUUGUUGGUACAACAUCAGCAGGAAGAGCUCAUAGUGUUUUAUCAUCGUGUGACGAUCAGACACAUUCAACAGCUGAGCAAGAAGAAGCAUCGAUCGCUGGUGGAUUACUUUCGGUGAAUCUUCCAUUAAUUGAUCCAACGAUUGAGUCAACAGCAUCAUUCUCUGAUCCCGCUGAAUUUGAAUUGCCGCCGCCAAUGAGUGAAUUAAGCAGCGCCGUAGCUGAUGCUGCUGCAUCUCGAAACACAUCAAUGGAAGAAGAACAACAUGCAAGCGAUGUGUUAGUUAUUUGCACUGAAACAACGGAAGAUCAAAAUGAUAUUUCAGAAAAGGAAGAAAAAAAUCCUCAAGAUAUUGCGAGGCAAAAGCGACAAUAUGUAUUAAUGGAAUUGGUAGAUACAGAACGAGACUAUGUGAAAGAUUUGAGUUCAGUAGUAGAUGGGUAUAUGGCAAAUUUGCAAACGAUGGAAUUGCCGGAGGAUUUGAUUGGCAAAGAUAAAAUCAUUUUUGCAAAUAUCGCUCAGAUUCUUGAUUUUCACAAAACGUUAUUUCUGAAAGAAAUUGAAAAGUGCCUUGAAGAUUAUGAAACUGCGGGUAAUGCCUUUGUUAAAUAUGAACGAAGGCUACAUACAUAUUAUGUGAAAUAUUGUCAGAACAAGCCAAAAUCUGACUUUUUGAUGGCACAAGAUGAUUUUGAGCAGUUUUUCGCCGAAACAAAGCAAAAAUUGGGUCAUAAGAUAGCGUUAUGUGAUCUGUUAAUUAAACCAGUGCAGCGUAUAAUGAAAUAUCAACUACUGAUGAAGGAUAUUUUGAAAUAUACGGAAAGAGCGGGUGAUCGAACGGAUAUCCUGGAAAAAGCUCUUCAGGUAAUGCACGUAGUACCGAAAGCAUGCGAUGAUAUGAUGCAAGUUGGCCGAUUGCAAAAUUUCGAUGGAAAUUUAAAUGCUCAAGGAAAACUGAUAUAUCAGGGAACAGUGGCAAUCUCAGAUAAUGCUCCAUCACAGCCUUUCAAAGGAAAAGAUAGGCGAAUAUUUCUGUUUGAGCAGUCUGUAAUUAUUGCUGAUUGCAUUUUGCCGAAGAAAGAAUUUGGCAAUCCUACGUAUAUUUUCAAAAGUCAAAUUAUGGUCAACAAGAUGGUAUUAGAAGCAAAUCUUCCUGAUGAACCGUUACGUUUCAUUCUGAAGAGUAAUGAUCCGGCACAACCGAAUGCAUUCUUAGCGCAAGCUAAUACAGUUGAGGAAAAAGAUGAGUGGAUUUUGAAAAUAAACAGCCAGUUGGAUCAGCAAAAAACACUUCUGGCAGCUUUGGUAGAUCCUAAACGUUAUCAAAAUCAACUAGCUGGAAGUGUCAAUUCAUUAUCAUUGGAAGAAACGGAUAAGAAGACGCUGUUUCCCCGAUUAAUGGGCAAAAGUAAAGAAAGCAGUCACAGUUCUUCAGAUGCUUCAUCUUCGAUGCAUCAAAAUUCGAGCAUCCAAGCAUUGCCGUCAAAGAGCAAUUCAUCAACAAAAUCAUCGAAGUUGUUCGGUUUUGGGAAAAAAGUGAAUCCAGCAAAUAGUAACAAGUCAGCAGCAGUAAGUAAAUUGAAAUAA